GUGUAAUUCUUCGUAGCAAUUUCAAUUUCGUAAUUGGCAUACGGAUAUCCCAUGGGAUGCAGUUAUGGGUAUUUUUUUACUGCCUAAAGCCCGAAUAUUAUUAUUCUUCUAUGUGCAAGCAUAGCAGUCACUCGUCAGCAUGAGGCGACACUCUAGAUCUGAAAGCCAUGCAAACGUUCCCGUUGAUCUCGAAAAUGAUAAAGACCAACAUGUAGCUACUGAAAAUGUGAAAAUCAAAAGAGGGAAAAUAAGUCUAAUAAAAAAAUACUUGGUAGAUUACACUGCCAAUUCUAAUCUCCAUGGUCUUAAGUAUAUUGGAGAAAAGGAACGAACAUCUGUUGAAAAAAUAUUUUGGCUCUUUAUGUUCACAUGCUGUGUGGUACUCUGCGCUGGCUUGAUUCGCAAAGUUUGGAUAAAAUGGAACGAGACUCCAGUUAUUGUCAGUUUCGCUGAAAAUUCUACUCCAGUUUGGCAGAUUCCGUAUCCCGCUGUGACAGUGUGUUUUGAAACGAAAGCACAAAAAACUAAAUUCAGCUUUACAGAAUAUUACCAUCUUUACAAUAAUGAAAGCACCUACCAAAAUUUGACAGAAGAAGAACGAAUUUUAUUUGAAGACGUUUCUCUAGUUUGCGAUGAUCAUCUUGCCCCUGCGAACGGAAGAAAAAUCUCUCUUGGGAACGUGACAGUUGAAAACUUGAAAGAGCUUUCACCAAAUAUAAGCGAAUUUUUUUUCGGAUGCAAGUGGAAGGACAUUCCGAAAGAUAAUUGUUCUGAUCUGUUCCUACCUAUCAUAACUGAGGAAGGACUUUGCUAUACCUUCAACACAAUGGGCGCUGAGGAACUAUUCCGAGUGGAGAAUCUCAAUACAGAUUACAAUUAUUUGGAGUACUCAAAUCGUACAGAGGAUCAAACUUGGAGCUUGGAGACGGGGUAUUUGCCCAAUACACCACUAGAAACUUACCCGCACAGAGGAUCUGGUUAUGGUGCUAAAGCUGGAUUGACAUUUUUAUUAAAGGCUAAAACUAAUGAACUGGAUUACCUGUGUAAAGGACCCGUACAAGGAUUUAAGAUAUUACUGCAUAACCCAGCGGAACUGCCGAGACUGUCACAGCAAUACUUCAGGUCUCCCCUGUCGCAGGAGGUUGUGGUCGCCGUCAAACCGAAAAUGAUGACCACAUCCGAGGGACUGAAACCCUACGACCCUACCAGGCGACAGUGCUAUUUCCCCAGCGAGCGUUACCUGCGAUACUUCAAAGUGUACACGCAAGCCAAUUGCGAAAUGGAAUGCCUAACAAACUUUACGUACGCACGAUGCGAAUGUGUCCAUUUCGGCAUGCCUCAUGGGCCCAACAUGGCAGUAUGCAACGCAGGGAGCGUGGCGUGCAUAAAGAAAGCACAAAUGGAACUAGUCACAGCAGACAUUGAAAAUAGAAUAACCAAUGAAGUACAUAACGACACUCUCGAUGAAGCUCGCCGUGUUGCAGCCGAAUGCAGAUGUUUGCCAGCUUGCACCUCCAUAGAAUACGAGGCCGAAACCUCGCAGGCCGAUUAUGACUGGAAGGCAAUUUAUGGAGCUUACAACUUGCCGAUCCCCGAAGAAGAUAACGAUGUACUCUACGCACGUGUGAUGAUUUUCUUUAAAGAAGCGCAGUUUAUAACAUCGCGGCGUUCAGAACUCUAUGGACAAACAGAUUUUCUUGCCAACUGCGGAGGUUUACUCGGCCUUUUCAUGGGAUUCUCUAUACUCAGCUUAGCAGAAAUAAUAUAUUUCCUUUCUUUGAGACUUUUCUGUUUGCUCUGGCAACGACGUCAAAAUAAAAAACGGAACCUUGAAAAAUCAAAUAAGUAUGGAAAUCAAGGCCCAGACAAAAUAAAACAACUGUACAGCGAUUAAGGUUUUAUUACGAGUACCGCAGCUACUUGCAAAAAGCUAAUUUCUUGCGUCACAUAAUCAUGAAAAAAAAGGAACUGCAUUUUAACCAUUAAAAGUAUUUACGUUACCUAAAUGCACAGAGUACUUAUUAAGAAUUAUA